AUGCUCGUAGCUGACGCAGUGCCUCGAUCUGUCCUAUUGUCAACGUUACUGGUUAACAUCCAAUCAACCCAUCAAGAGACCCACACUUUCCGAGCACUUUUGGACACUGGAUCCCAAGUUAGCUUCAUUACGAAGAACUGUGCUGAUCGUCUUUCACUGGCACGACGUCACUGUUCAGCUCAGGUGAAUGCCUUCUCAGGCACGUCUGUUAAUGUGGUAUCAGUUAUAACUUCUAUCAGGCUGUCACCAUUGGGAAAGUCUGAGCCACUUGUUCCUCUCGACGUUUUCAUUGUAUCCAAAAUUACAGACGCCACACCUCAAUCAAAUAUUAAAUCUUCUUUGUGGUCUCAUUUGACGAAUUUAGAUUUAGCUGACCCAACAUUCAAUAUUCCUGGUCCAAUCGAUAUUUUACUGGGGGCUGAUGUUGCACCUACAUUACUCACGGGAAAUCGCAUCGCAGGUCAACCUUUAGAACCAACUGCCUUUGGUACUAUCUUUGGAUGGGUAUUGAUGGGACCAGUCUCACCAAAACAGACAAAUUUGGUUACUUCUUUGUUAGUGACUUCUAAUCUAUCGUUAGAACACUCCUUGACCAAAUUCUGGGAAAUGGAAGAACCACCUAAUGUUCAACAUCUAAGUUCCGAUGAAAUUCAAGCUGAAGCAAUAUUCACUUCUUCAAUUAAACGCCUGGAAUCCGGACGGUUCAGUGUUGCAUUACCCUUCAAACAUUCACACCCCAUCCUAGGAGAUUCCAAAAGUGGAGCCCUCAAACGGUUCCAUAGCCUCGAACCUCGAUUAUCACGUGACGAAAAUCUUAACAAAAACUAUUCAGACUUUAUAAGGGAUUAUCUUGAAAAUAAACACAUGGAAGCGGUUCCGAAAAAUAAUCAGAAUACUCCUUAUUGUUAUUAUAUACCUCAUCAUUGCAUUCUACGCCCGGAAAGUCAGACGACUAAGCUCCUCGUGGUUUUUGAUGCAUCGGCUCGAACCACCACAGGUCAAUCUUUGAAUACAAGCUUAUAUACUGGGCGCAAGCUACAGCAAGAGAUCACUCAAAUUUUGACUCGUGCACGAGUACAUACAUUUUUGUUCACUUCGGACAUAAAGCAAAUGUAUCGGCAAAUCGAAAUCCAUCACACCGAUCGGGGCUACUUGCGGAUUUUUUGGCGUUUCAACCGUGACUUACCCAUCGAUGAAUAUAGGCUAUGUACCGUUACAUAUGGCACCUCCUGUGCUCCAUAUCAAGCACUACGUACGUUACAACAUUUAGCAAAGAUUAAAGGAGAUAGAUUAUAUAAUAUUUAA